GACGUAAGAGCAAAGGACAACAAAGGCUGCACUGCGUUGCGUAUUGCAUUUGACAAAAGCCAUGAUUGCGUUGACUAUUUGAUGACAAAAGAUAUCAACCUGGAAGUAAAAACCAAACGGGGGCGAACGUGCCUGCAUUUAGCCGCUGGAAGGGGUGAUUUAGAGGCUCUGCAAACUUGGAUAGAACUGGGUGGAGACUUCAAUGUGGUUGACAAAGAAGGGAUGACUGCGUUGCAUAUUGCUGCUGAAUGCGGACAUUUGCAAUUUGUGAAAAAGUUUUUGGUCUGCGCGACCGAGGAAGUCCAAAAUCAAGAUAUUGGCGAGGGUUGUGUUGGAUCUAAACUGAAAGAGAUAUUAAACAGUUGUGACGAUGAAGGAAGGACUGCUCUGCACCUUGCUGCUAGCUCAGGAAAUGUUGAUCUGGUAGAAUUGUUGCUUGAAAACAACGCAGAUUUGACUCAAACGGACCUGGAAGGAAAGAAUGCAAUGCACUACGCGAUCAAAAACGAAAGAAUGUUACGAUUCCUCAAUGAGAAGAACGGAGAUCUUGUGAAGCAGCGUACAAAAUAUGGAGAAACAACUCUACAUUUGGCAAUAAACCUCUUUAAUAAGGAUGAUAUGAACAUCAUUCAGUGGAUUGUAAAUAAAGUAGGCAACAACUGCUUGAACGCAACAAAUGCUAAUGGCGACACACCACUCUUACUGGCUUGCAAAAAAGAGUUCUGGAGGGUCGCCGAAUUGCUGCUGACCAGAAAUGUUGAGGUCAAUGCCACGGCCAGGAAGGGACUAUAUACUGCAAUGCACUACGCCGCACUAGAAGGAAAGUUGAAAUUAGUGAAGUUUUUGCAUGAGAAAGGUGCAGAUUUGACUCUAACAAACGACGAGGGAGAGAACGCUUUGCACCACGCAAUAAGUCACUUCGAGGUAUUUUCAUUUCUUCACGAGAAAAACGAUGCCUUGAUGAAACAGCGUUUGAAAAACGGAGACACAACCCUCCAUGUGGCAAUAAGAUCGUGCUUCACUGGCACUGACACUCUUCUUUGGCUCUUUGAGCAAUGCGAAAAUGACUUGAAUGUAACAAACUGCGAGGGUGAGACACCGCUGAUGCUGGCCUUCAUGAACAAUAAGUGGAAAUUUGCUAAAAUUUUGCUGCGUAAAGGCGUCGAUAUACAUGUGAAAGAUGAAAAUGGAAGAACAGCCCUGCACUACGCCGUUUUUUUUUUGUGGACUCGAUAGAAUUGAAGAUUCAUAUGCUUUUGAUUUGGUACAAGAGUUGUGCAAAAGAGGCUUAGAUUUAGCUUUGAAAGACAACGACGGGAUGAACGCAUUUCACCAUGCGAUACCAAACUAUAACAUGGCUUUAUUCAUUCAUGAGUUGAAUGGUGACUUGGUCAAACAGCGUUUGAACAAUGGAUACACAUCUCUGCAUCUGGCAAUCAAAUUUGAAGAAUUUUACAAUAUGAAGAAGGAUAACAUUCUUCCUUGGCUUCUGGAGCAAUGCGAAAAUGACUUGAAUGUAAGAAACAACGAGGGUGAGACACCGCUUCUUCUCGCUUGCAAGAAGAGAAUCUGGAUCAUGGCUAAAACUUUGCUGGAUAAAAGCGCUGAUAUACAUGCAAAAGAUAGCAAUGGAAGAACAGCCCUGCACUUCGCUGCUAAUAGACAUAGAACAAUAAAUGCUUUUGAUUUUGUGCAAGAGUUGCUCAAAAGAGGCGCAGAUUUGUCUUUAAGAGACAACGACGGGAAGAACGCAUUUCACCAUGCGAUAGAGAACUAUGACGUGGCGUUAUUCAUUCAUGAGUUGAAUGGUGAUUUGGUUAAACAGCGUUUGAACAAUGGAGAUACCUCUCUGCAUCUGGCAAUCAAAUUAAACAGAUACUGGAAAGAAAACAUUCUUAUUUGGCUUGUGGAGCAAUGCGAAAAUGACUUGAAUGUAAAAAACAACGAGGGUGAGACACCGCUUCUGCUGGCUUGCAAGAAGGAAGAGUGGAGUAUUGCUAAAAUUUUGCUGAAAAAAACCGUUGAUAUAAACGCGAGAGAUAAAAAUGGAAGAACGGCCCUGCACUACGCCGUUAAAGUGGAAGGAUACGAUGGACUAAAAAAUUCAAAUGCUUUUGAUUUGGUGCAAGAGUUGUGCAAAAGAGGCGCAGAUUUGGCUCUGACAGACAACGACGGGAUGAACGCAUUUCACCAUGCAAUAACAAACUCUAACAUGGCGUUAUUCAUUCAUGAAUUGAACGGCGAUUUGGUUAAACAGCGUUUGAACAAUGGAGAUACCUCUCUGCAUCUGGCAAUCAAAUUACAUGCUAGAUUCAUAAUUCAACACUUUCUAAUUGAGCUUGUGGAGCAAGGCGACGUUGAUUUGAACGCGACAAAUGCGAUGAACGAAACCCUGCUGAUUCUGGCUUGCAAGGAGAAGCUCUGGAAAUCCAAAUUUUUUGAACUACUUAUGUCAAAAAAUGUUGAUGUCAACAUAAGAGAUAACGAGGGGAAAUGUGCUCGUGACUACAUUGACGAAUCUUUUCCAACUCAUUUACUUAGAAGGUUUGAUGAACUCGAAGAAGCUUCACCCAGCAAAUAAAUGCGAGUGAAUUAAAACCGCUUUAUCUUGUUAACACUCUUUUUUGUCCAAAUUUAGCACAUUUUUGCUUUUCUUUCUCUAACGCUUGAUUCCUUCAAGCAUCGCCACAAACGUGAAUGAGGACAGAGAAUGAAUAAUUCAAAAUUCGCUCUUGAUUAGCUAAUUAGCUAAUUAUAUUGAUUUCCUGGUGUUUUCUGAGAUUGAAUCAUAUUUUUAAAAUAGAAUUUAAUUUUAAAAUGCUUUUUGAAUGUAAAUAUUUAUUUCAAUGACUAACAUUUCCACACGAAUUGGUAAUUUAUUUUGGACAUCAUGUAAUUAGGGUUAUAUGUAUGAAAAAUGUAUAGCACCGAUUUGUCUGUUAAUUAUUAGUUUCUGUACUAUACUGGCGUUUAGGAAUAAAUAAACUGGACGCGUUUUCAAUAAAAUUUGAAACACUUGUUAAUUGUUUUUCAAAAAAUAAAGU